GCGCUGCGGCUUCUGCGGGUGGUUAUGUUUUACCUGGUUAUCCAAUCGCAAAUAUAUAUUUUAAAACAUACGGAUAUAUGUCUUUGUAUCAAUGUUUGUUAUUUGUUCAAGAUCUAAAAUUGGGUCAUUAUAUGAAAAUCCCUCCAAAAAAUAUGUUCAUAUCACAAAUAUGGGGUACAUUUGUUGGUGUAAUUGUAAAUUAUUGGAUAUUACAACUUAUAAUCGAUAAAAAAAGGUCUUACCUUGAUGGUACAGAACAAGAUCCAACAGGCCAAUGGACUGGCUUCUCAUCUCAAAUAUUUAACACUGCAUCUAUAAUAUGGGGAUUAAUUGGUCCAGCAAGAACUUUUGGA